GAAAAAACGAAUCAACUUCAGCAAACGCGUCGCGAAAGUGCACUGAGAGGGUCAAUUUUUCAGCUAAAAAACCUCACCAUGGCCGACGAAGAGUACGAACGCUUCGAAAUCACCGAUUACGAUCUGGACAAUGAGUUUAACCCAAACCGGGGACGUCGGCGACCAACGAAACAUCAACAGAUUUACGGCAUCUGGGCUGACGAUGAUUCAGAGAACGAUGGCGACGAAGGCACUUCUACGGGUGGCGGUCGACGUCGAGGUCGCCAGAUUGGGAAGAAACCAAAGGACUACUCGGCCCCAAUCGGAUUCAUUGCCGGUGGUAUACAGCAGUCGGGCAAAAAACCUGACCCGGCCAAGGAACGAAAAGCGUCCGACGAGGAAGAGGACGAAGAGGAUGAGGGUGACUCACGGCCACGGUUUGGUUCGAAAGUAACGGCAAACGCUAGUAAUACAUCGUCCGAGUCGGAGGACGAUAAACCACCCGCACAUGAUAUGCGAUCGAUGGCUGGCUUUCGAACAUUCAGCAGUGGUCCGCAGAUAGCGGCCAAAGGUGGUAAAAACGUCGGCAAUUGGGAGCAACACACGCGUGGCAUCGGUGCGAAGUUGCUGCUACAAAUGGGUUACCAACCGGGCAAAGGUUUGGGUAAAGAAUUGCAGGGCAUUUCGGCCCCGAUAGAGGCGCAUCUACGGAAGGGCCGUGGUGCUAUCGGUGCUUACGGGCCGGAAAAAAAGACUGUCGUUGCGGAUGCAAAACAAAAACAGAAGCACGCGGAUGAUACAAAGGCUUUGCCUGCUGGAGGCAAGGAAGAAGAAAGUGGUCAAUGGCGCAAAGAUGGCAAGCAGGGGAAAUCGCGCUACUUUUACAAAUCCGUCGAGGAUGUCAUUGAGAAGGGUAAAAAAUCAACGUUGGCAACAUACGCUCCGUUCGAUAAGAGUGCAGCCAAGCUCAGCCAGGUAACGGUCAUCGAUAUGACGGGACCGGAAAAGCGCGUCCUCAGCGGAUACCAUGCACUCGGCCAGGCAAAGGUGAUCGAUGAGGAGUUGUACGAGCCGACGCUGCUGGGUAACAAAACCACCGUCAAAGAAACGACCCACUUUGCUCUUCCCGAGCUAAUGCACAACCUUAAUCUGAUGGUAGACUACUGCGAACAGGACAUAAUCGCGAUCGAUAAGCAAAAGUGUGAGGCUAAAGAUCGCGAAGAGCAACUGUUGCACGAGAAGCAGAAUCUGCUUCGUAUCAGUGAGCUGGAGAAGGAUUAUCUCCACACGCUGGAUGGAGCGCUUGAGUUGGUUCGUGCGCUAGUCGAACCGGUUGGGGGAGCGAUUGAACUGGAAGAAUGCGAGCGAAUUUUUGUUCGGCUGUACGCUGACUAUCCGGCCGAGUGUAAAGAGUUCGGGCUGUCGGAUCUUGCAGCAGGUGUGGUUGCACCACUGAUCGCGGCACGACUUAAGGAAUGGACUCCGUUCACGGAACCGACGCGCCAUUUGGAUGUGUUUAAACGCUGGAAAUCUAUCCUGGCCUCUGCCAACACGGACAGCAACAGUAGCAAUAGUCUGCUCGAUCCUUACUCGGCCGUUGUAUGGACGGGUGUAGUACCCAGCAUUCGAGGUGCUGCAAAUGAAUGGAACCCGCGCGUUCAUCAACCAAUGAUCGCGUUGCUAGAUGCGUGGGCACCUCUUUUACCCGCCUGGAUACUGGAUAAUGUGCUGGAACAGAUCGUGCUGGUCAAGCUAUCCGCAGCGGUCAUCGAAUGGGAUCCCCUGACCGAUACGGUCCCCAUACACUGCUGGAUCCACCCUUGGAGUGAUCUGCUCGGACCGAAGAUGGAGGGUAACGUUUAUCCGGCGAUACGUGAAAAGUUAGCCCGAGCGCUGAAAGCCUGGCAUCCGGAAGAUCGUUCCGCGAGGGCUAUGUUAACCCCCUGGAAGGGAGUUUUUGCCGAGGAAGAUCUGCAACUGUUCCUUGCGAAAAACAUUAUCCCCAAGCUAGAACUACGACUAACCGAACAGAUCGUGAACCCGCUGCAGCAAGACUUGGAAAUAUUCAACCAGGUGUGGGAAUGGCAUGAAAUUAUCUCACCGCUCCAGAUGGCCACCAUGCUCGACAAGUACUUCUUCCCGAAGUGGCUCCAAACGUUGGUCAUCUGGCUAAAUCAAUCGCCCAACUUUGAUCAAGUGUCGCGCUGGUACCAGGGCUGGAAGGCACAGUUCACGGACGAUGUUGUGCGCCAUCCGAACAUAAAGGAAUGUUUCCGCAAAGCGCUGGAACUGAUGCAGCGUUCGAUUGGGAUGGGAUCGACGGCAGGGGGUGCGUCUAAUUCACCUCCCACGCUGGAACCGAUACCUCCACCACCGAAACCACCUAUCCCGAUGGAUAUGGACGUACAGCAGCAACCGAUGCUUGAGUUUAAAGAGCUCGUGUCGCAAAAGUGUGCCGAACGGGGUAUCAUUUUUGCCCCGAUGCCGGGACGCCGUGAGCUGGGCAAACAGGUGUACCGCGUUGGGAAGCUGUUUUGCUACAUCGAUCGGUCCGUGUGCAUCAUCAGUCCGGAUGGGGGUGUUAGCUGGACACCCAUCUCUUUAUCAGCACUGCUGGAACGAGCCGUCAGUGGGUAA